CACUAGAGUUAGUUUAGGAGACAGCUUCUACAGACCUGUGGGACACUGUUACAAGCUGGAACAAUGCACGUCAACAUCCCAGUCACCGAGGAAGUUCAGGACAGCCUGGGAAAUCGAUAUGUGCUUUACUCGGUGUUCCUGGAAGGUACCCUUCUAUUCAAGGUUCGAUACUCUGAUCUACAUUUGUGGGAUGAACAGCUUCAGAGGGUAUUUGGAAAUAAUUUACCUGCAUUUCCACCCAAAUACUAUCUUGCGAUGACCAAAUCCAUGGCAGAAGAAAGAAGGCUACAACUGGAGAAGUACCUGCAAAAACUUGUUUCAGAUACAGUUAUUUCCAGCAGCGAAAUGUUCACAAACCUUUUCAAGAGACUGCAACUGGAGACCUUUAAAAUCCCCACAAUAGAAAUAAUCCUGAAAGUGUACUUACCAAAUGAUGAACAGAUUAGAGUUGAUGUUCUUACAACGGAUACUGCAGAGCGAGUUCUCGAGCUUGCACUGUUCAAGACUGCCUUGUCCAGGGAACUAAUGGAAUAUUUCAGCUUGUUUAUUACACACAGAGAAAAUGAUGGUGGUAUCACAGUGGUAAAACAAAUUGCAGGUUUUGAGCUCCCAUUUAUAACCAUCUGGAAUAUGGAUGACGAUUCAUUUCAAAUCGAUAUCAGAAAAUGUUAUAUGAAUCCUUCCACAGAUGCAAUGUUAAUGGGAUGUACAACAGCUAUACACUUGCUGUAUAUACAGGCUGUUCAAGAAUAUCAGAUGAAUUGGUCGAGGCCAACAGAAGAACAACAAGCGAAACUACAGCAGCUUUUAGAAAGCGAAAAUAAAGUAAAGUUUUUGCAGCUAAUGCAGAAUGUGGAGCGCUAUGGACACAUUCAACUUGGUGCCUGUACCAGCGAUUACCCCGAGCCAGGGACGUCUGUAACGGUGUCUAUAGGAUAUUUAGAAAUGUACUGUUGCUUUCACACCUCCAAUGGCAACAAAGAAACCCUUCAGUUGCCAAUCCCUGAUCUGAACUGUUGGCAUGUCCAAAUGUGUAAUUCUGUGAAAGACGACUGUAGCAUUGAUAAGAAGCACCAACUAGAGUUCAUGUUUGAAUACAUUCAGGCAGAAACAAAGAAGUGUAUCACCCUUCGCACGGAGCAGGCGUUCCUGCUCAGUACCUGUUUAAAGAAGAUAAUGAUCGAACAGCCUGUAACUGGUACCAAAGAAGACAUGGAGAUUCAGGUGGAAAGAAGGACCCUAACCAAAUUUAACACAAAAUGUGCGCAGAAAGAACUACAUAUGAAAAAGAGUCACUUUUCACCAAAAACAAGCAAAAACCUGGUGUUUGAUGAAUUCACUGAUAUUCACCUAUAAUGUUAGGCAAAGUUUAUUGCAGUUACUCACUAAGCUCCAAAUU